UAUAUUAAACAAUUUAAGAAGAAUUAUGAAGAAUUAACAUCUAGAUUAUUUAAACUUUAUAAUGAAACAAUCUUCGAAAAAAAGCUACCAGAAGAUAUGAGUAUCACAUGGAAUAAAAGGUUAUUAAGAACAGCAGGUUAUUGUGCCUAUAAGCGUUGCCAUGGUAAACAUGUUGCUAGAAUUGAACUUUCUACUAAAGUCUGUGAUAAUGCAGAAAGAGUACGAGAUACCUUAAUACAUGAAUUAUGUCAUGCUGCUGUGUGGAUGUUAAAUCAAAGAACAGACGGACAUGGUCCUUACUGGAAAUACUGGGCCAGAAAAUCAAAUUUAAGUCACCCAGAAUUACCAAUUAUAAGUAGAUGUCAUAAUUACAGUAUAUCUACUAAAUAUACUUAUACAUGUACACAGUGUGGAUAUCAAAUUGGCCGUCAUUCAAAGUCUCUGGAUACGACUAAGAAAGUUUGUGGACACUGUCAUGGACGAUUUGAAUUGAUGGGAACUCCAGGAUCCAAGGAAGGAACGCCACGCACACCAAAUAAAUUUGCUUUAUUUGUGAAAGAGAAUUAUGGCAGUGCCAAGAAGACUAACUCUGAUUUCAAACAUAAAGAAAUAAUGCAGUUAUUGAGUCAACAAUUUGCAGAGAAAACAAAGCUUGAUUCUUAA